AUGAAUGAUGAUAAGAGAAUUUCAAGUGAGGAUCGAAAAUUUUUGGAUGAAGCGUUUUUGAUGGCUCAAAAAGCGAUCGACAACAAUGAGGUGCCAGUUGGAUGUGUACUUGUGCAUUCGAAUCAAGUUAUCGCUCGUGGACACAACGAUGUGAAUCGUACAAAAAAUCCCACGAAACAUGCUGAAAUGUGCGCAUUAGAAGAGUUGAAAUGCUGGUGUAAAGAGAAUGGCAAAGACCUUUAUGAAGUCAUUAAGGAAACAACCAUUUAUGUAACAUUAGAACCGUGCAUAAUGUGUGCAUGUGCGCUCUAUUACUUACGAUUGAAACGGAUUGUUUACGGUGCUGCAAACGAUCGUUUCGGUGGUUUGGCGAGUGUCGCUGAUCGAUCCAAAUAUGAGAGUGACCAUACGAUUAUCAUUGAUCAAAAUGUUGACAGGGAACGUGCCAUUCAAUUAUUGAAACAAUUUUAUGAAACGCAAAAUCCAUUUUGUCCACUUGAAAAGCGAAAACUCAAAAAACCAAAAAAGAAUGAUGGUGAUGUUGCUGAUAAUGAUGAUACGACCUGCAAA